AUGGCCACCCUUGAUAGACUGCCUACGAGGGAUAGGCUGAUUCGAUUCGGUUUGGUCUUGGAUAAUGGAUGUGUCCUGUGUGGGUCUGGGAUCGAGUCCCGUGACCAUCUCUUUGCUGAUUGCUCCUUUGCUCAAGACGUUUGGAAUGCUGUGCAGGUCUCGUGUGGGAUUUGUCCUGCUUCGCUUAAAUGGAAUGAUCACCUUCAAUGGCUGAUUGUUAACUUGAAGGGUAAAUCUCUCAGGGUAAGGAUUCUAAAGCUCGGCUGGACUGGUUUUUUGUACCACAUUUGGGAGAAACGUAACCACGUAAGCUUCAGGGGUGUUUCUCGUUUUGUUGAUAUGAUUGUAAGUAGUAUUAAAGAUGAUGUUAAAACCAAAUUGUAUAGUUAUAGUAUGCAGGGGAUUGAUGAUGUAAGUAGGCAAGUAGGUAUAAAUUGGGGGUUAAUGUAG